UAUUGCACACGGAGGAGUUCCCACUCGCGCGUGAAGGCUGGAAAUGACAACUGACCGGUUUGACUGAACCCUCAAAGUGGGUUUGUGUUGCCACGUCCACCUCUGCGACGCUGCGUCACGUGCCUGGCAGCGAGCAUCAGCCGACUGAACUUUAGCUCCCACAGCCAAGGGGGGCUGCGUCAGCUCCGCUUGUUUGCUGACAGUGCACCUCUGAUUGAGUGACAAACUCCGAGCGCAGCGUAUGCCCCAAGCAGGUGUAGCCUCCGUGCCCCGAGUGUGUGGAGACUCCCGGCAAGGCACGCGAGGAAUCUCACGAGCACCGCGAUUCAUACGCGGGCGGGGAGGAGGGUUACAUUCAGAUCACGAAUUGGCAAUACUUCGCCUCUCUUGGAAAACCGACGUUGGUUACAAGCCAUGGAAGAAAAGGAAAAGACGCUGGUGAAAAACUGGCUCUCUGAGUUCAAGGGGCUGCCGGAGGUGGCGGUGGUGGCAUAUGCCGAGAGGGUGCAGGAGAAGGCGAGCGUCGUGCCAGCGCUGUACAGCGCCAUGCGCGACAUGGGCACAGAGCUGCUGGAGCCCAUCUGCCACCAGCUGUUCGAGUUCAUCCGAAGCGGCGAGGCCGCCCUGCACAGGUUCGCGUUGCAGUUCGUGCCGGAGCUCAUCUGGCGCCACCUGUCGGCCGUGGCCCGGAGGGACAAGCCCAGCCAGGGGAGCGUGGAGGCCCUGCUCCUGGGCAUCUACAACCUGGAGACGGUGGAUGAUGAAGGAAAGCCGAAAGUUCUGUCAUUUACCGUGCCUUCUCUGUCCAAGUCGUCCAUUUACCACGAGCCAUGCAGCAUUGGCUCCCUGGCGCUGACGGAGGAAGGUCUGAGCCAGCGUGGCGCCGGCAAGGCCGUGUACGCGGACUCCUACCCACAGCGCGAGUCCAUCACGGCCCAGAACAGGUUUGAGGUGUUUACUUCCCUGCUCCUCUACUACAACUCCAACAUCGUCUUCAUGCCCCUGUCAUCCUACCACUCGCUGUGCCAGCUGUGCACCAGGGCAUGCGUGAGUGGAUUCCCACGGCAGAAGAUGAAGCGAGACUGGAAGGAGCCGCACCCUCGUGUGCCUCUGCUCGCCGAGUUCCUCGUACAGCUGCUGGAGGGAGUCUACCACGCCAUUUACAAUGGUGCAUGGGACAUGGGUAAAAGGGCAGUGGAAGAUGCCCUGUACCGGUCUAAACUUGAGCUCUACCCUGAGCCAUUACUGCUGGCGCGCGCCAUCAAGAGCUCCCUGCUGCAGGACGCUCCGCACGCUGGCCGGGGCCGCUCCCGCUGCCUGCAGCUGGAGGUGACGCCCACCUCGUCGCGCAUCUCCCGCAGCGUCGUCACCAGCGCGUCCAUCCGCAGCCACCGCUGGAAGAAGGAAGGAGAAGGAAGCGAAUGGGACCAGCAGUUAGAUACGGAGGAAGACAGUUCCCUUUUGGAAGGAAUGGGAGACGUUUUAAGCAACGGCAAUUCAAGCAAGUCUCCAAACUGGCGGGACUCGGAUGAGGCCCUUGUAAGGCGAGAGCGUGGCGACAAGCAAGCGGUCGAAGUGGACUCCCUUCCGUUGGGCACUGCUGCCAGACCGACCAACGGCGGGAUUGUGUCCGCAGUCGACACCAGUCUCCCGACCGUCAUCUUUGAGACCGAGUUUGGCGCGCACGACUAUUCUCCCGGCCUUGUUGUUCCCGGUGAAAGCAGAGCCCACUUGGGGGCAACGCCAGGCAGUCCUUCCCACAGCCGCUCGUGCGAAGUCGUGUAUCGCUCUGGCGGCAGAGACGCCGGCCAGGACUCUGCAAUCGACCGGCACUCCACUCUGAGCCUCCAGGAUGAUGCACGGGGAGGCGCCGAAGGGAAAACGAGCAGACUUCUUCCCGAAGAUGCCCUGAAAAGGCUCCAGCGAACACCGAGCUUUAAAGUCCAGCUGAUUUCAGCACUGUAACCUUUAUGCUGUGUUUUAAUAAUCACACAUGUUCGGAUUUCUCAGGUGAUCCUGAUGGAUUUGCUUUUAUCAAAAUGGUAAGCGCUCCACAGUGUACAGUAAUUACAGCCAAUUGACUUUAUGCCAAAUGUUUUGUGUUUUUAAUUCGUGCCAACACUAUUUUUUAAAGAUGCAUAAGAACACAAUCGUUUUAUACUGUCAGUAAAUUGUAACCUCAUGGCAAAAUAAUUUUGAAACCUUGAUUCGCAUUUUCAUCGUUGCACGGGUGGUAGCCAUUUAGGUCAUGGAUUUCUUAAAAAACUUUUUUCAUAUUAAGUGACAAGAGCACACAAAUAAGAAUGUGUCCUUGGGAGCUCGACGGUUAAAAUCCACGCCCACGUGGCCGCUGAGACGGUGACUAAACAAGUGACGAUGACGUGUUUGCAGUUGCCCCCAAUUGUCCUUUAACGAGUUGAGAGCGUAUUGAGGUUAAUUAUUAGUUAUAUGGACAUGUUCAUUCUUUUCGAAACUUAAUUGAAGUUCCUUUUUAAAUCUAAUAUAUGUGCUCUGACGUUGGCACAUACUGACCUCUUAUUGUGACUUGCGGGGUGUUAAAUGUCCAUUCUGGAGCCCAUCUGAUUGUUUUUUGUGAUUUCACCAACCGCAUGGUGUUUUUUUGUUGCAGAAAAGAGUGGAGAUGCUUCACAGUGUGAGUGGGGGGGGGGUCUGAUUACUGAGCCAGUAAGGAGUGCCGAUGUCAUUCGCCAGGGUAUCAGAACCAAACAGUCCUGAAUGAAUCACCACAGCCUAGGCUGUGGUGAUUAGCAGCAGGAGCGGUUAAUUAAACCGUUUAUCCGAUGCAAGUCGGAGCAGUUGUGAAAAUGCUAACCACUACAUUUAGGAAUAUCAGUAAAUGGGGGGUUACCUAGAUAUGGGUAAAAUACAUUUUCAUUGCAAUGUAAAUUAUAUCUAUUGAACGAAAAUCAACCUUUCACGUGUCUACUCAAGUGGCAGUCACACAUAGAGGGCUUUGUCGAGUGUGCACCCCAUGCUAAUGUGCAAUUACCCAAUUGACCAGAUGGGAUUUAUAUUUUAAGGAUAUUAUUCAGAGACUUCUAAUCCUGGAAUUCCCUGUCCUUGGAGGUCAGGAUCUCGCAGUUGUUGGAGACUUGUACGCCUCGCCUGAAAGGCCCCGCCAACUCUUUAACACAUCUCGCUCGAGUUCUCUAACUUGUCCCUUGAGUUGUCUUUUAUAUGCAUGGCACUUUGAGAUCCAUUGUUUAAGGGCGCUUAUACACCUAAAUUAUCGUUUAAUAUGAAGAUCUUUCAACCACCGUAACCAGAGCACAUGUCUUUGCCCUGAAAAUGAGCGCUCACGGAGAGUGUGGGUUGGCCAGCAAAGUCCACUGAGCAACAGCCAAGCAGAUGGCACGGGGGGACAUGGGGCGGAAUGUUGGCCUCAUAGCUCAAUGGAGCAAUGACCGCUGACCAAGGAACUUGGACGAGUGUCGUAUAAUACCCACAGAAAAUCAUUGCCGAUUUGUUUGCAACUUGUUAGUUUUUGUUUACCGAGACACUUUUAUUGAAUCUCACCAGAAAUAUCCUGACGAGUAAAAUCAAAUGUCACAUUGUCACGGUGGCAUGUGUGCAUGCCAAUGAGUUUACAAUUACAGUGUCAGUGUUUUGUAGAUUACUGAUAACUUUAUUAAAUCUGCAAUUGUUUAAUAGCCGAGACUCAAUGUAGACUUUGCUUUAAACUUUCCCUAUUUUAUCCGUGUAUUUAUUUUAAAAACGUGAUUUUCAAAUGUACCUUUUUAUCCUCAUGGAAUUCUACAAAAUGCUCUGCUCUGUACAUACUUCCAAGGCACACACAUAAAACAUAAACCGCGUUUGGUUCACUUU